AUGUCAUUAGUCAAAUGGAAACGGAUGAGAUCUUCGAACGGUUUUAAUAAGAAUCCUACAACAAAAAGUAAAAAAUUAACAAAAAUUGACAGAAAAACCAAAACGAUGUUAGAUCUUUUGAGGCAAAAUCUUUUUUUAUUGACUACUUUUGUUAUUGCUAAUGCAUUUAAUGCAAUGGCCGCUCCCGUGCCUGAUGAAAUGAAUCCUGGUUUGGUAGUCCGUGAUAUGUAA